AUAGCUAAUCGUGUUUAACAUAAUUUUUUACGAAGUUAUCUUAAAAAAAACAUGAAUUUGAAUUUCGAAUCAUUUGUAAUUCUUUUUAGUUUUCUAUAAAUCAGUCAAUAAAAAAAAACCGGUUCGUCAAAUUAAAUCAUUGGUACCCACUUCUGUCCCUUGGUAAAACAACCUUGUAACAGAUAAUUUUGAUUUAUAACUUGUGAGACAUUUGUUGCAAAAUCAAUUGUGGUGAAAAUGUGGACGGUUAUAGUUUGGCCUUUGCUUUGUCUAACAAGUGCAGUAUUCGCUGACGAUGUGUUCGAAAAGAAUAUCAAAGAAAGAAACUAUCUCUUACAAAAAGAACUUAAUAUGAUGCUUGGUAAUGACAUAGUACUAAGUGACAGUGAGGAUCAAGCAAAUAAAGUCAUUAUGAAGUUGAAAAAUAAUGAAUUGGAUUACGGUUUUAACAAUCCCCAGUAUUUUAACUACUCCAAACACUUUUUUGAAUACAAGGAUGAUAUUAAAAAGUCAGAACUGUUUAAGUUAAUUAAGGAUAUGCCAAAAGGAGCAGUUCUCCAUGCGCACGACACAGGAAUAUUAAGUCCAGAUUAUGUUCUGUCAUUAACUUAUUGGGACGAUCUAUUCGUAUGUUUUGAAGAAGAAAAUAUACAUUUUUUAUUUUCUCUCGAACUACCGAAGUUACCGUGUAAGACAGCAUGGCAGUUAAUGAAACAUGCCCGUUAUUCAUCGGGAAAUGUUAAGAAGUUUGAUGCUGAAUUAAGAAAGCAUUUUACUCUUGUUACUAAGGAUCCAAAUCAGGUGUAUACUGAUAUAAAUGUAGUGUGGUCGAAGUUUCAGCAGUAUUUUAUAACAACAUCUUCUCUCUUUUGCUAUAAGCCAAUCUGGGAGAAAUAUUUCUAUGACACUCUUAAGGCUUUACGUGAUGACAAUGUUAUGUACUUAGAAAUUAGAAGCGUGUUACCAACACUUUACGAUUUAGAUGGAAAUAAAUAUGAUGCUAUCGACACAGCUGCAUCUUAUAAAAAGGUUUUAGAUACAUUCUUGGAGGUUUAUCCUGAUUUUUAUGGAGCUAAACUAAUAUACGCUCCGUUGAGAUUCGUCGACAACAAAACUGUUAAGGAAUAUCUAAAAAUUGCAAAGGAAUUAAAAAAUAAAUUUCCUGAUUUCCUCGCUGGAUUUGAUUUAGUAGGCCAAGAAGAUUUGGGUGUACCAACUAAAGAGUUUCUUCAAGUUCUUUCUGAAGCAAGUGACGAAUUUGAAUACUUUUUCCACGCCGGUGAAACUAAUUGGUAUGGAACUAGUUCUGAUGAAAACUUAGUAGAUGCAAUCGUUCUUAAAGCACGUCGAAUUGGGCAUGCUUUUGCAAUUGUGAAGCAUCCCUUAUUAAUGGAGGAAGCUAAAGAAAGGGAUAUAGCAAUUGAAGUAAACGUUGUAUCGAAUACCGUUUUGAAACUAGUUGAAGAUAUCAGAAACCAUCCGCUGGCCGUGUUCUUAUCGAAGAAUUUACCAGUAGUAAUAUCGAGUGAUGACCCCGGUUUGUGGGAGGCGGAUCCUUUGUCACAUGAUUACUAUAUUACAUUUGUUGGUGUCGCCAGUCGACACGCUGACAUUAAACUCCUCAAGAAAUUAGCUCUUAAUUCCUUAUAUUACAGCACAUUUCCGCAUAAAGAUAAAUUAAUUCAUGAAUUUGAAAUUCGUUGGACGAAAUUCAUAGACACAAUUGUCCAAGAUCACUGGUAAAUGAAAAUAGAACUGUUUUUGUUUCAUUUAAAUUAACAAAAUAUAUUUAUUAUCUAUCUUAGAUAAGAUAUCAAAAAAUCAAUUGAAUGAUUCUGCGCAGAUAUAUAUUGUGAAAUCUAAAGAAUUUGUGUCUUAAAUGAUAUCAUAAAACUGAUAUAUUUGUGCAAUAGUUUGUUGCUAUGAAUUUCUUAUCGAUUCUUAUCGUCGAAAUAUCUAAAACAUUUUUCGUAAAAACUUUUAU